AUGGAUCCAAAUACCCCACGCAGUCCGAAAAGAGCCAGCGAGGGCCCGUACAGGUUGAGAAAAAGGAUCAAGGCAGUCCAAUACGCAGAUAAUCCCGCAAGGAAGGAAUCCAACAAGAAGCGCGUGCCUGGUGUAAGGCAACAAAGGCAGCAGAUAAUUUGGGAACAUGACGAGACCUGCCAGCUUUUAGCUCACCUCCAAUGGAGCUUCAACAACGGCGUUGAUUUCUGGACUACCGCAUUUCCCAAGUUCCAAGACACUGUCCAACAAGCCUUCACCAAUGACCAGGCGAAGAAGCAGCUGCAGCAUAUAUCGAGCCAGCACGGCCAGAUGGAAGGCGAUGAUGAUUAUCCCAACUUGCUUGAAUCCGGCCUCGAUUCGUUGAACCUACCAGAGGACAUCUCCAGGAACGUUGAUCAGUUCUUAAACCGUAUACCUGACAUUAGUGCCGACGACACGCGUGCGAAAUGCUGCCUCAAGAGGCUCUUAGUGACUUUCUUGGUCUCUCCAAAGAAAUUGAAAGAUAUAUUGCCGAACGAAGAAGGGGCCAAAACCACGGGCCUGGUUGAUCAAGGCUCCUCCGUAGACCCCGAUCAACUAAAAGCAGAGCAACAGCCAUCCCAAGCUUCAUCGCCCCUCGGCUCGACAAACCAACUUGUCGGAAACUCAUCCGCAAAGAGGGGUGAAGCAUCCGUCGAGAGAGGCUUCGUCGAUUAUCUACCACCUAAUAGAAGAGAAAUGGUGGAAAUAGAAACCCGGCUGAUUGCGUCGUUGAUCGAAACUGAGCGGCUCAAGAGAGAAGUGGCGCAAUAUUACCAACCCAACGCCCGCGUGCUGCUCACACUCCAGCAAUAUAUGGAAAGUUCGCACCUGAGGGUCCGACGUAAUAGAAUCUUUAACGCCAACAGUCCAGCACCGGACGAACAAGCCUCGCGUAGCGAUCUCGUCGAGUCCUGGGCUCUUAAUAUCUUUAAGCGAAACCUAAAAGAUUGCAUUUCUCAAGUCAGAGAGUCCAAGAUUUCGAAAGACAACUUGCUCCUGGGACUAGUAGGUUCAGCAGUUAUCGAAAUGAUAUUCGAGCCAGCUUUCCCAGCAUUCAUUCAAGCGCCCAACCCCGUGGCCGAAGCAUAUCGGGAGCUCAUUCUCGAUAUCUCGGGUCCCAAUGAGCUUCAUGAAGCAGACAGUAAUGUUCUACCACAACUCCUCAAACAGCAUCAGCCCGAAAUCAUUAAAAGAAAGGUUUAUGAACUGGAUCAUGGCGAAAAUGGAAACAAGGAAGAGGCGCCGAGGCAAAAUGACGUUUUCAGUUUAUUUCUCAUAUGGGCGCUGCAGUUCAAGAUCGACCUCAUAUCAACAACCACGCGGCUAAAGUUCUUCUACUAUAAGACAGACGAAGUCUUCGACGAUACACGUAUGGAGCGGUCCGGAGAGGAAUCGCAAACUUCAAAAGACUACGUGCUCGAGCACAAUACCAAUUACAGCAUAUAA